AUGCUCGACGCUUUUGAAAUCCUGACCACCUCCGGCAUCGUGCUUUGGCGAAAGCACUACGCUUCCCUGUCGCCAAAUAUAAUCGACAGCUUGGUCCGAGAUGUGUUCAUAGAAGACAAGAGCAAGCUAUACACCCAGGGUGACAUACCGUCAUACAAGAAAGAUCGGUACACAUUACGAUGGGAGAGUGCGAAGGAUGUGGGCGUGGUGUUCGUGGCGGUUUACCAGUCGUUACUACAUUUGAGCUGGGUUGAGACACUACUUGCUGCUGUCAAGGGUCUGUUCUUGAAGGAGUAUGAGCAAGAUCUGAAAAAACCACAUACGACCAAGCUCGAGACACGACGAUGGGAUGCAACGUUCGAUGCGCUACUGACGAGGUUCGAUACUGGGAGCUCAAGACGGCGACAAAGCGACACGGCCGACUCGGAAGGCGCGACUGAGCUCACACCACCAUCGAGCGCAGGAGAUGACGAAGAUGACUCUCCUGCUCCGCCUGUGCCUGCGCCCAUGUUCAAGAAGCCUGCAGUGCCCUCGCGGACGACAGUGAGUGAUACGAGCGCCGAUGCAACACCGAUACCGACGCCAGAUACUUCACGACCAGCCACGCCGUCCUUAGCAGCAUCGCAUCUCCUGACAGCAAAAGGAGGGCCUGGCAAAGCGAGCAGAAGAUCGAGGAAAGCACAGAAUCUGGUCAGCUCAGUGCCCGUGUCAUCAGGUGACGAGAGUACAGCCGGGAAGAAGUUGAAAGGGAAGACGGCUGCCAAGUCAAAACGAAGAUGGGAUAUCGAUGGUACAGCGAUCGAAGGCGACGACGACGAAACACUAGACUACAGUGCACCAGUGACCCCAGCCUUUGACGAUGCAACACGUGAACUGGACAUCGAAGAAGUCGACGCAAACACCAUGGGCAGCCGAACCGGAAAAGGCCAGUUCGUGCUCAAAGACCUCGACACCGAAAUCGACGCCAUCCUCGCCAGCUCCAAACAGCCCAAACCCACCACAACCGAAGACUCAACCCCAAGCAACGGAGGUCUCCUGAACUCCGCAACAUCCCGCCUUACCGGCCUCUUCCGCAACGUCGUCGGCGGCAAAGCCCUGACCAAACACGACCUCCUCCAACCCCUGGCCCAAAUGCAAAACCAUCUGAUAGAGAAAAACGUCGCACCCUCCGCCGCCGCCCGCCUCUGCGAAAGCGUCGAACGAGACCUCCUAGACCAGAAAACCGCAUCCUUUACUUCCAUCGACGCGACAAUAAGGACGAGUAUGUCCAAAGCCCUGACGCGAAUGCUCACACCCACAUCCUCCUUGGAUCUCCUCCGGGACGUCACGACCACGACUUCCGGCCCCUCUGCUCGACCUUACGUCAUCUCCAUCGUCGGCGUCAACGGUGUAGGCAAGAGUACGAAUCUGAGUAAAAUCGCCUAUUUCCUCCUGCAAAACCAAUUCCGAGUUUUAGUUGUAGCGGGCGAUACUUUCCGCUCUGGUGCCGUGGAACAGUUGCGCGUGCAUGUGAGGAACCUCUCCGAGCUCUCGAGGCGGGAGAACGUGGGCGAAAUCAGUCUAUUCGAAAAAGGAUAUGGCAAGGACGCGGCGACCGUGGCGAGGGACGCAGUGACUUAUGCCACUAAUGCGAGUGGACAAGGGCAAGGGCAGAUGUUAUUCGAUGUCGUGCUCAUCGAUACGGCGGGCAGGAGACAUAACGACACGAGAUUGAUGUCCAGCCUGACGAAAUUCGGCCAGUUGGCGAAUCCGGAUAAGAUUUUCAUGGUGGGCGAGGCGCUCGUGGGUGCGGACUCGGUGGCGCAGGCGAGGAAUUUCGCCAAGGAGUUUGUGGAUACAAAGGGCAAACUUCGAAAUAAUGGUGUUGGGAUGGAUGGGUUUAUUAUUUCUAAGUGCGAUACUGUGGGUGAUAUGGUGGGGACGUUAGUAAGUAUGGUACAUGCUACUGGUAUACCCGUUGUGUUUCUGGGAGUGGGACAGCAUUAUGGUGAUUUGAGGGGUCUGAAUGUUGGGUGGGCUGUUGAGAGGUUGAUGCGAUAG